CCUUCGUUCAAAAAUCGCACAACAAACGAGCGAGGCAGCGCUCACUAUGAUCAGAGAGAAAUUAGAAAUUAGGGUUUCACCAUCAUCGAAAGAGAUCGAACGAGUACGUAGCGAUCUUUUGUGAACCGAGGCCUUCGCCUCUCUUCGAUUGGAACUGAUCCGAUCUCUUCAAUAUUUCUCUCCACAACCUCGAUUGGGGAUAAUUCUGCUUACACUAUUCUGGAUCAUACUUACGCUGGAGCUGGUGGUGCUGGGCUCAGGGCGGCGACUGGGUAUCGGAGCACGGGUUGAUUUUUUUUGUGGCUGAAAAUAUAUGUAAUUAUAUAAAAUUUUGAGGAAAGUAUAUGAAGAAUGCCCCCUUCGUCCAACUCUUCAUGCAAAGGCUUUCUUGCCCGACGCCCCCCCGCCGAAUUCUAUAAUAAGGGUUUUCUUGCUUGUGAACUGUAAAAUUUGACAGGUUGGCAUUAAUGCAGCAUUGGGUAAUAUGACUGAAGAUGACUGGAGGUGGUGUAUGUCUGAUACAGUCAAAGGAAGUGAUCGGUUAGAUGAUGGGAAAAUAUAUCAACGUGCUUUUGGAGGACAAAUUUUGGACAUUGGACAAGGAGGUCAAGCUUAUUGUUGCGCAUCUGCUGCUGAUCAAACUAGCCAUGCAUUGCUCCAUACGCUUUAUAGACAAGUGAUGAAAUACAAUACUCAGUUCUUUGUGGUCUUGCCAAGGGGUGAUUGCACUCAAUAUGGAGGACGGGACACUUCAUCGCUUCCAUGCUGCAUCAACAAUUUUGGCCACAGGGAUCUUGAGUUUGUACAGUUCCAUCGCACUGGCAUAUAUGGUGCUCGUUGCCUCAUUACUGAAGUAGGACCUCAAGGUAAAGGUGGUAUCCUUAGGAACAGUGAAGGUGAGAACUUUAUGGAACACUAUGCUCUUACUGCUAAAGAUCUUGCAUCUCGAGAUGUUGUUUCAAGGUCUAAGACAAUGGAAAUCAGAGAAGGACAUGGUGUAGUAGGACUGCUGAAGGACCAUAUUUAUCUGCAUCGGAACCAUUUACCUUCUGAGGUUCUUAAGGAAAGACUUCCUGGUAUAUCAGACACUGUUACUAUCUUUGCUGGUGUUGUUGUCACUAAGUAGCCAAUUCCUGUUUUACCAACAGUGCACAAUAACAUGGUAGAUGCCCCCCAACUUAACAUGGGGGGUCUGUUGAAGAGUUACAUAAUUAAUGUAAUACAUAACUACUGUUAAAAUAAGUUUGCUGCCUGUUAUAUCUUUCAGCAUGUUGAUUCUUCAGGUUGUAACUGUUGAAGGCAAUGACUCAGAUGCUGUAGCUCCUGGAUUAAUGGUUGCUGGGAAGUCAGCUUGUGCCUUUGUUCAUGGUGCAAUUUGGCUUGGUGCAAAUUCCCUUAUUGACAUAGUUGUUCUUGGCUGAGCUUGUGCAAACAGGGUUGCUGAGAUUCACAA